AUGACCAUGGGGGAUAUGAAGACCCCCGACUUUGACGACCUGCUGGCAGCGUUUGACAUCCCCGACAUGGUCGACCCGAAAGCAGCCAUCGAGUCUGCCCACGACGACCAGGAGAGCCACAUCAAGCAGGGCGCCCCAGCGGACGACGACGCGCACGCACCGUCCUCUUCGGACGUGGGCGUCAGUGUCAUCGUGAAGAACGUCCGCAGCAUCGACUCCUCGGACGGCGCCGAGAAGGACGGCCACAACCCCCCCGGCAACGGCCUGCACAACGGCUUCCUGACGGCCUCCUCUCUUGACACAUACGGCAAGGAAGGGUCGAAGUCCCUGAAGGGGGACGUGCCUACCUCAGAGGUGACCUUAAAGGACUCGGCCUUCAGCCAGUUCAGCCCCAUCUCCAGCGCGGAGGAGUUUGAUGACGACGAGAAGAUAGAGGUGGACGACCCCCCGGACAAGGAGGACCCGCGCGCAGGCUUCAGAGCGAACGUGCUGGCGGGCUCGGGCCCCCAGCAGGACUACGACAAGCUGAAGGCACUCGGGGGAGAGGGUGUGAGCAAGGCUGGCGUCCCGGUGCCGGGCGGCCUUGAGAAAAGCAAAGUUGUCAAGAGGGAGACGGAGACAAAUUCUCUAAACCUGAGCGUUUACGAACCUUUUAAAGUCAGAAAGAUGGAGGAUAAGCUGAAGGAGAGCUCCGAAAAGGUGCUGGAGAACAGGGUCCACGAGGGGAAGCUGGGCUCCGAGAAGAACGAUGCUGGCCUUGGUGGCACAGCGCCGUCGCGGACCAAGCCGUCCUCCAAGCUCUCUUCCUGCAUCGCCGCAAUCGCGGCGCUCAGUGCAAAAAAAGCCGCCUCCGACUCCUCUAAAGAGCUGGCGACCAACUCCCGGGAGUCCUCUCCGUUACCGAAGGACGUCAAUGACAGCCCUCGAGCCACCGAGAAGUCUCCCGAACCCCAGAGCCUCAUCGACGGGACGAAGAAAGCGUCCCUUAAGCAGCCGGACAGUCCCCGGAGCGUUUCCAGCGAAAACAGUAGCAAGGGGUCGCCAGCCUCCCCCGCGGGGUCAACACCAGCAAUCCCCAAAGUUCGCAUCAAGACCAUCAAGACGUCUUCCGGGGAGAUCAAGAGGACGGUGACGCGGGUGCUGCCCGAGGUGGAGCUCGAGGGGGGCAGGAGGCCCCCGGAGCAGGCGGGGCCCGUGGUGGCCUCGAUGACCUCGCUCCUCUCGUCCCCUGCCCCGGCUGCCGUGCUCGCCUCCCCGCCCCGGGCGCCCCUGCAGUCCGCUGUGGUCGCCAACGCCGUGGCGCCUGCCGAGCUGACCCCCAAGCAGGUCACCAUCAAGCCCGUGGCGACUGCCUUCCUCCCGGUGUCGGCCGUGAAGACGGCCGGCUCCCAAGUCAUCAACCUGAAGCUGGCCAACAACACAACGGUCAAGGCCACGGUCAUCUCCGCCGCCUCCGUGCAGAGCGCCAGCAGCGCCAUCAUCAAAGCCGCCAGCGCCAUCCAGCAGCAGACCGUGGUGGUGCCGGCCUCCAGCCUGGCCAGCGCCAAACUCGUGCCAAAGACUGUGCACCUCGCCAACCUUAACCUCCUGCCUCAGGGCGCCCAGGCCACCUCCGAGCUCCGCCAGGUGCUGACGAAGCCGCAGCAGCAGAUCAAGCAGGCGAUAAUCAGUGCCGCAGCCUCGCAGCCGCCCAAGAAGGUGUCGAGGGUGCAGGUGGUGUCGUCCCUGCAGAGCUCCGUGGUGGAGGCUUUCAACAAGGUGCUGAGCAGCGUCAACCCAGUCCCAGUUUACGUCCCCAACCUCAGCCCCCCCGCCAGCGCGGGCAUCACCCUGCCGACCCGCGGCUACAAGUGCUUGGAGUGCGGGGACUCCUUCGCCCUGGAGAAGAGCCUGAGCCAGCACUAUGACAGGCGCAGCGUGCGCAUCGAAGUCACCUGCAAUCACUGCACCAAGAACCUGGUGUUUUACAACAAGUGCAGCCUGCUGUCGCACGCCCGCGGGCACAAGGAGAAGGGCGUGGUGAUGCAGUGCUCGCACCUCAUCUUGAAGCCGGUGCCGGCGGAUCAGAUGAUUGUUUCCCCGUCAAGCAAUACCCCCGCCGCGGCGUCCAGCCUCCCCAGCUCCGCGGGAGCCGGCGCGCACACGGUCACCAAAAUCCAGCCUGGCAUCACCGGGACCGUCAUCUCGGCCCCUUCCAGCACGCCCAUCAGCCCCGCCAUGCCCCUGGACGAAGACCCCUCCAGGCUCUGCAGGCACAGCCUCAAGUGUUUGGAGUGUAACGAGGUCUUCCAGGACGAGACGGCGCUGGCCACCCAUUUCCAGCAGGCUGCAGAUACGAGCGGACAAAAGACUUGCACUGUCUGCCAGAUGCUGCUCCCCAACCAGUGCAGUUACGCCUCCCACCAGCGGAUCCAUCAGCACAAGUCUCCCUACACCUGCCCCGAGUGCGGCGCCAUCUGCAGGUCCGUGCACUUCCAGACCCACGUCACCAAGAACUGCCUGCACUACACGCGCAGAGUGGGUUUCCGGUGUGUGCACUGCAAUGUUGUGUACUCUGACGUGGCCGCACUGAAGUCUCACAUUCAAGGCUCUCACUGUGAAGUCUUCUACAAGUGUCCUAUCUGCCCAAUGGCGUUCAAGUCUGCCCCAAGUACACACUCCCAUGCCUACACGCAGCAUCCUGGCAUCAAGAUAGGAGAACCAAAAAUAAUAUAUAAGUGUUCCAUGUGCGACACCGUAUUUACCCUGCAAACCCUGCUUUAUCGCCACUUUGACCAACACAUCGAAAACCAGAAGGUGUCCGUCUUCAAGUGUCCAGACUGUUCUCUCUUAUAUGCACAGAAGCAGCUCAUGAUGGACCACAUCAAGUCUAUGCAUGGAACGUUGAAAAGCAUCGAAGGGCCUCCCAACUUGGGUAUAAACUUGCCUUUGAGCAUUAAGCCUACGACCCAAAAUUCCACUAACCAAAACAAAGAGGACACCCGAUCCCUGAACGGGAAAGAGAAGUUGGAAAAGAAAUCCCCAUCGCCCGUGAAAAAGUCACUGGAACCCAAGAAAGUGGCCAGUCCCGGGUGGACGUGUUGGGAGUGUGACCGGUUGUUCACACAGAGAGAUGUUUACAUUUCCCACGUGAGGAAGGAGCACGGGAAGCAAAUGAAGAAACACCCGUGCCGCCAGUGCGAAAAGUCCUUCAGCUCGUCCCACAGCCUCUGCCGCCACAACCGGAUCAAGCACAAAGGCAUCAGGAAAGUUUACACCUGCUCGCACUGUCCAGACUCCAGGCGUACCUUCACGAAACGGUUGAUGCUGGAGAAACACAUACAGCUCAUGCACGGCAUUAAGGAUCCUGACUUGAAAGAAAUGACAGAAGCCACCAAUGAGGAGGAGACAGAAAUAAAAGAAGACACCAAGGCUCCCAGUCCCAAGCGGAAGCUGGAGGAGCCCGUGUUAGAGUUCCGCCCCCCGCGAGGGGCCAUCACGCAGCCCCUGAAGAAGCUGAAGAUCAACGUGUUCAAGGUGCACAAGUGCGCCGUGUGCGGCUUCACCACCGAGAACCUGCUGCAGUUCCACGAGCACAUCCCGCAGCACAAGUCGGACGGCUCCUCGCAGCAGUGCCGCGAGUGCGGCCUGUGCUACACGUCGCACGUGUCGCUGUCGCGGCACCUCUUCAUCGUCCACAAGCUGAAGGAGCCGCAGCCGGCGGCCAAGCAGAACGGGGCGGGCGAGGAGAGCCGGCCGGAGAGCCAGCCGGGGCCCGAGGACACGCCGGCCGACGGCCCCGUGCCGGACCGAACGUGCAGAGUGUGCGCGAAGACGUUCGAGACGGAAGCUGCCUUAAACGCUCACAUGCGGACCCACGGCAUGGCCUUCAUCAAAUCCAAAAGAGUGAGCUCGGCGGAGAAAUAG